AUGGCCCACCCUCGGACCCCACCCAGGUACCCGGGUUACCAGGCACUAACUGUGACAUCUAUGACCUUUUUUAUCAUCGCACAAGCCCCUGAACCAUACAUUGUUAUCACUGGAUUUGAAGUCUCCACUAUUUUCUUUUUCAUAGUUUUAUAUAUGCUCAGACUUGAUCGAUUAAGUGACUGUAUAUUUUGGCCUUUGCUUGAUAUUAUCAACUCACUGGUAGCAGCAAUAUUCAUGGUAAUCAUAUCUGUGUUGGCAGUGAUACCAGAAACCACAACAUUUACGGUCCUUGGAGGGGUGUUCGGACUCCUGGCGGUGGCGAGCUGCAUUGCCGACGCGGCUCUUCUCUACCGGAAGCUUCUCUUUAACCCAAGCGGGCCUUACCAGAAAAAAUCUAUUCACGACGAAAUCUAAGUUUUGUAAUUU